AGAAGAGCUCGGGCGAGCGCGAGAGGGAGUUAAUUUAUCGCUCUCGCCGACACAAAGCACCCGAAAAAAACGAACCGUGCUUAUUAACUUUCGAAAGAUAUUCAUCCCAUUUCACAUUUAUCGACACUUUUACAACUUCAGAAUCAAUUAAGCGGCAGCGAUGGCCCAGGAGACCAAUCAGAGCCCAGUUCCCAUCCUGUGCACCACAGGCUGUGGUUUCUACGGCAACCCCAGGACAAAUGGAAUGUGUUCUGUAUGCUAUAAGGAGCACCUGAGCAGACAGCAAAGCAGUGACCGUAGUCCAGUGAGUCCUCUGGCAGGUGGACCCUCUUCGGAGGCCUCGGCGAUGCAGAGACUAGACGCCAGCCUAAACAAAGUAGAGCCUUCACCUGCAGCUAAUGGGGAGUCAACGAGAGAAAGCAUGCCCACGGCGUCGUUGCCUGUAACACAACAGAUGACCGAGAUGAGCAUAUCCAGGGAAGAGGCGAGCCCGUCUCCCCAACCGGACGCCGUGGAACCGGUGGUGACCCAGCCCACAUCCUGCCCUUCGCCGGUACCCGUAGCCCAGGCCAGUGAGGAGGAAAAGACCCCAGACUCGUCUAAGCCCAAGAAGAAUCGCUGCUUCACCUGCCGCAAGAGGGUGGGCCUGACAGGAUUCGACUGCAGGUGCGGCAACCUUUUCUGCGGAAUUCACCGGUACUCGGACAAGCACAACUGCACAUACGACUACAAGGCGGAGGCUGCCGCCAAGAUCCGAAAGGAGAACCCUGUGGUGGUGGCAGACAAGAUCCAGAGAAUAUAAGCGAUGCCUUCAUCAAGAAGCGGGAGAGGCUGGGGUU